AUGGCCGACACCACAGGCAUCGAGAAUGCUACUGCGAACCUGCACCUCGAUGAGGUUACCGGCCAGCGCGUUUCCAAGUCCGAACUGAAGAAGAGACAGAAGCAGAGGCAGCAAGAUGAGAAGAAGCGCGAAAAGGCUGCCGCUGCCCCGCCCAAGCCGGAGAAGAAGUCCAAUGCAGAACAGGAUGAAGCCGAUCUCAACCCCAAUCAAUAUUUCGAGAUCCGGAGUACGAGGGUGAAUCGUUGGCGCCAGACAAAGGAGAUAGAAGCAUACCCACACAAGUUCCAAACCAACACCGACCUCCGCCAGUUCGUCAACAAGUAUGACCACCUCAAGCCCGGUGAGCAUGAGAAGGACACCGAGAUCAGAGUCGCUGGCCGUGUCUAUGUCAAGAGAGCAUCCGGCGCGAAGCUUGUCUUUUAUGACAUGCGAGCCGGCGGCGUCAAGGUCCAGAUUAUGUGUCAGGCACAAGAAGCCAAGGGCGAUACUCCUUUCGAGCAACAGCACGAACACCUGCGUCGCGGCGACAUCGUUGGCGUUGUAGGCUAUCCCGGUCGGACAGCACCCAAGAACCGUCCCAACGAGGGCGAGCUCUCCGUCUUCGCGACCGAGGUCAAGCUCCUCACUCCCUGUCUCCACCAGAUCCCCUCGGAACGCUUCGGUCUGCAGGAUGUCGAGACGAGAUUCCGACAGAGAUACCUGGAUCUCAUCAUGAACGACAAGUCCCGAAGCAUUCUGAUCACCAGAGCCAAGAUCGUUUCAUAUAUCCGCCGAUACUUUGACUCCAAUGGCUUCGUUGAAGUUGAGACGCCCAUGAUGAACGCCAUUGCCGGUGGAGCCACGGCUAAGCCUUUCGUCACUCAUAUCAACGAGUACGACACCAACCUCUUCAUGCGGAUUGCCCCCGAGCUGUACUUGAAGAUGCUUGUGGUCGGUGGUAUCGAAAGAGUCUAUGAGCUGGGCAAGCAGUUUCGCAACGAAGGUGCCGACCUCACUCACAACCCCGAGUUCACGACUUGUGAAUUCUAUGAGGCCUAUGCCGACAUGUACGAUGUGAUGAAGCGUACUGAAGAGCUGGUCUCUGGCCUUGUGCAAGAGGUCACCGGUGGCCAGAAGACCACCUUCCACACUCAGAAGGGCGAGGUGUAUGAAGUGGAUUGGUCCGCCCCAUGGGCCAAGGUCGAGAUGAUCCCAGAGCUCGAGAAGGCCACAGGCGAGAAGUUUCCGCCGGGCGACCAACUUCACACCGAUGAGACCAAUCAAUUCCUCAAGAAGGUUCUCAAGAAGCACGACAUUGUCUGCCCCCCACCAGAGACCAACGCUCGCAUGAUUGACAAGCUUGUCGGCGAGUUCAUCGAGGAGAAGUGUAUCAACCCCACCUUCAUCAUGGGUCACCCUCAGAUGAUGUCGCCUCUUGCCAAGUAUCACCGUGAUAUUCCCGGCUUGUGCGAACGCUUCGAAGCCUUUGUGUGCAAGAAGGAGAUUGCCAACGCCUAUACCGAGUUGAAUGACCCCUUCGACCAGCGUAUGCGCUUUGAGGAGCAGGCUCGCCAGAAGGAGCAGGGUGACGAUGAGGCGCAGCUCGUUGACGAGAAUUUCUGUACAUCACUGGAGUUCGGCUUGCCCCCCACCGGCGGUUGGGGAAUGGGUAUCGAUCGAUUGGUGAUGUUCUUGACCGAUAACUACACCAUCCGAGAGGUGCUUGCGUUCCCUUUCAUGAAGGAUGACAAGAAUGCGAAGGAGAAGGAGAGUGCUGCGGAAGUUGUCGGCAUCGAGCCUACUCCCGUCGAGGAUCUUCGUAAGUGA